AUGAAAUUCACGUACCCGCUCCCAAAAAGAAAGCCAUUCCAGACAUGGAUUUCGUACCCAUUGCGAGCAUGCCUACUUGGGCAACCCACCUUCACUGUUCCACGCCUCCAUCCCGUCCAAAGCAAACUCUAUCCCAUUGCAUUUGGAACGGACGAGCCGAUCUUACUUUGUGCCCAGGCUGGUGCUGGAAAGACGAAUGUCGCUAUCCUCAACGAGCUCGGCAAACACCGCGACGAGGAGACAGGAAAAUUCGACCUUGAUGCCUUCAAAAUCGUUUACAUCGCCCCGAUGAAGGCGCUGACUAUAGCCUCCGCAAUGUCAGCCAUCAACACUUGUCCGACCAUCUAUGGAUCUGUCCGGGCCGUGCUCAACCUUGACGUCACCAUUGAGGUCUACGCGUUGUUGUUGAAGGAGCGCACGAAACUCAAAGGAAUCCUCGAAGUUGUUUUGGAGGGCGAAGUUGAAGAUAAGUAG